AACAAUGUCAUCGAUUUCAAUUUUCGAUGAAAUCCUUCUCCCAACAGAUAUUUCUGUUCCUACUGGUCUCCGUCUUCGUGCUCUUCGAAAUGAUGAUUUUGGAUAUCUCGAAUUGCUGAAACAGCUCACUUCUGUUGGGUUCAUCAAUCAAUUGGUGUUUCGAAAACAAUUUGAUGCUAUGAAAAAGGCUAAAUCGUAUUACAUUGUUGUUCUCGAACACAUUGAAUCUUCUAAAAUUAUUGGCGCCGCAACAUUGCUCAUAGAAUUUAAGUACAUUCACGAAGCGGGAACACGUGGCAGAGUUGAAGAUGUGGUUGUUGACGAGAAAAUGCGUGGAAAGAAGCUAGGAGCGCUUCUCAACGAAGUUCUUGUCGAAAUGGCGAAGACGAUUGGCGUCUACAAGUUGUCACUUGAGUGCAAAACUGAAUUGAUCCCAUUUUAUAACAAAUUUGGCUAUUCAAAGAAUCUUCACUUUUUGGAUCAACGUUUUGAAGAACUGGAAGCUCCCGCUCGGAAAUCGUCUACACCUGGAAAUGGAUCAGUUAUCCUUUUCAAUGAGAACGUUCUUCCGACAAAUAUGAAACUUCCUGUCGAUAUCCGUGCUCGCGCUCUCCGUUCCGAUGACAUGAAUUAUCUGAAACUUCUGGAGCAACUCACUUCCGUUGGAUACGUCACGAAAAAUGACUUUGAGCAAAGAUUUUCUACAAUGAAAAAUUCAGAGUCGUAUUUCAUAGUAGUUUUAGAAGAUGUAAAUUCUUCAAAAAUUGUUGGUGCUGCCACUCUUGUAGUCGAGCUCAAGUACAUUCAUGAAUGUGGACUUCGUGGAAGAGUCGAAGAUGUUGUCGUUGAUUUGACAAUGCGUGGAAAAAGGCUGGGAAUUCUUAUCAACGAAGCUCUCGUUAAAAUGGCAAGAAGUCUUGGAGUUUAUAAACUUUCUCUGGAAUGCAAAACAGAGCUUAUCCCAUUCUACAACAAAUUCGGGUACAACGAGAACAUCCAUUUCAUGGUUCAACGCUUCGACAAGCCAGAAAUUAUCACUUUGGACUAAUAUUUUCUCAUAAAUUCAUCAUAUUUAUUGUACGAUAGAAUUUAUUUAGCUCUUAAUUUCAUUGAAUAAAGCUGUGAUAUUCCU